AUGAAGGAUAUCAACACGUUCCUUUGGGAAUUAAACCAGGACAAGCCAGAGGAAUAUGCUGCUCUCAUGUAUGACUCCUUUGGAAAGAUGGGCAGCAGUGUUAAAGAAGGUAACGUGAACCAGCCUGGUUCGCCGCAGCAGUGUCGCUCGGCCAUCGGCCCCAGCUUCUCUGCUCAGUACUGCCAGGUGUUCCUGAAGCAGGGAGCAACACAGUAUUUUGUGGGUAUUUGUGUUCCUGACUCAUGUGGGGAAGACGAUGUGAAGCAACUGGUGCAGUGUGACAGACUUCAGCUUAACCAGAAGUCCCUCCUUAGUCCAUUACCUCCAAUCCUGACCAAUCAGUCUUCUUGGGAGCUGAUUAUGACUCACUGUAUGGCUGACGCAGUUGCUCUUGAUGCAUCAGACAUUGCCUGCAUGUGUGUGUGUUGCGUAAUGUUAGCCAUUCCUCUUGUGGCCACCCUGUUCACAGCCUUAAGAAGAUUAGAGCAGAGCAGCAUGGUCAAUCCCACAAUAGAGUUUUCCCAUUUAAACUUUUAUGGCACCCUGAAAACCAAUGACAAAGAAAUGAAUGGGGCCACAUUAGAGGAAAAUGGCAGAAUUGGACCUGCUGGACAGUGUCUUUCUCGAAGCUGCGUUUCCAGCUGCUUUCAAGCACUCUCCUUGCAGACAACAAGCAAGGAAGUCCUCAGCACCGCCUCCUCUUCCCGAUGUGAAAAUUACACCUCUCUGAACGGCAUCCGUGUCCUCAGUUUGCUGUGGAUUAUAUGUGGCCAUUCUGCACAGUUCCCAGUUAUUAACAACCUAGAUAAUUACAAAACAUGGAGGAAAGCAGUUGAAAGCAGCCCAGUAUAUGUGCUCACCAUAAGCGGGCCUGUUUUUCUCGCUGUUGACACCUUCUUACUGCUGGGAGGUUUACUCAGUGCCAGGUCUUUGCUGAGCUCAAUCGACAAGGCAGAAGGCAAUUUAAGUCUCGGUCUGGUCGCAAACUAUCUCUUCAAGAGGAUUAAAAGGGUUCAGCCUUUACAUCUGUUUACAGUGUGUCUCACCAUCAGCAUCAUCUCUUUGGUGCGGCAGGGACCCUACUGGUUCCCAUUUGUUGAAAUGUUGAUGGACUGCAAGGCUUACUGGUGGACUAACUUACUGCUGGUUAGCAAUCUCCUACCAGUCCAUGAGAUUUGUAUUCCCUGGACUUGGUACCUGUCUCUGGACUUCCAGUGUUUCGCCACAACCCCCCUGCUGGUCUAUAUUUAUAGACUUAAAAGAAGUGUGUUUGCUAUUGUGGUAGGAGGCCUUUUGGUGAGCACUACUGUGGCCAGUGCUGCUAUAACCGCACACCUCCACCUUCCAGUCUUUCAGCCAUCCACAAUAACAUCAGACAGCUAUGUUUUGCAUUAUUAUGUGAAACCGUACACAAGAUAUGGACCGUUUCUCAUAGGGAUCCUAACAGGAAUAUACCUGACAAGAAAGAAAGAUCAACUAUUAAAGGGAAGGUGGCAAGUAGCGCUUGGUUGGUUCUGCUGUUUUUCUCUGAUGGUUUUGCUGAUCGGACUGGCCUACUUCCUGAAAGAAACCCCACCUUAUCCAUCUGCGGCUCAUGCUCUAUAUCAGGGGUUGCACAGACCAGUCUGGGCCCUGACAGUGAGUUGGAUCAUACUAGCCUGUGAGGAGGGCUGUGGAGGUUUUAUCCAGACAUUCUUGUCCUUUUCUUUCUGGGUUCCACUUUCCAACAUUAGCUUUGCCUGUUAUCUGAUACAUCCCGUCUUCAUCGUCCUCUACAAUGGCAUGCAAGAGACGCCGAUCCACUACACAGACAUCAACUUUAUGUACCUGUUCCUCGGCCAUCUGGUCCUGACUCUGGCAGUCGGCUGCGCUCUCACUGUGUUGGUUGAGAAACCCUACCGCUUCCUGAAACCCAAAUGCAUCUAG